UAGGAGACGUUUCGGGUAGGGACCCUUCUCAGGAGUCUGAAGAAGGAUCCUGACUCGAAACGUCGCCAGACUUUUAAAAUGUUCGCCUAUUUCUGUUUGUUUCGAGAAUGUAGCAAUACAUCACUGUUAAUUUAGCUUGGAUGCAGUAUUUUGCUGUAAUAACAAGCCCUUUGGAAUAUGUUGUGAUUGCUGUUAUCCUAGUUUUCUUUCGAGCAUUGUUCUAAAUUUGUAGAUCUCAGGAAGACGAGGUACUCACCAUGUUUAAAGGUGUUGAACAGAGGCUGUCUGUGCGAUGACGUAAGGUAAUUGUCCUGUGCCCAGAUUUCAACUUUUCAGCAAAUGUUACAUUCAUUCAUUCCUAAAGACACAGGUCCUACCACACGCAGCCUCCUGAGAAGCAAAAGAAAAACAGGUCGAUUUUACUAUUAUUUCCUCUAAGCGUCGAAAAUUGAGAGAUUCAAAUAGAGAUAAUCGACGGAAAAGGGAACACAAGCGUACAGGUGUUAAACUGUUAAACGGUUUAAUAAGCCUAAAAAUGACGAAGAUGACCAUUGAAAUCGUUGCCUUCGUGAUAUCGGUGUCUGGAUUUAUUUUGAUAUCUUCCACGUUACCCACGGACUACUGGAAAGUGUCUAGCAUCGACGGUACUGUUAUCACCACUGCCACAUUUUGGGCCAAUCUCUGGAAAACCUGUGUGACAGAUUCCACCGGCGUCUCCAACUGCAAAGACUUCCCAUCCAUGCUCGCACUCGAUGCUUAUAUCCAGGUCUGCAGAGGUCUCACGAUUGCUGCCGUUUGUCUGGGAUUUUUUGGUUGCAUAUUUUCACUGGUGGGGAUGAAAUGCACAAAGGUUGGAGGCUCAGAAAGUAUUAAAGGAAAAAUUACCUUUUUUGCAGGAAUGCUGUUCAUUCUUUCUGGUUUGUCAUCUAUAAUUGCUUUUUCGUGGUAUGCAAAUCGAAUUACUGCACAAUUCUUUGACCCUAUGAUAGUGGAACAAAAAUUUGAAUUAGGAGCUGCUUUGUUUAUUGGCUGGGCUGGUUCUUCGCUUUCUUUAUUGGGAGGCAUGAUAUUUUGUUUCUCCUUAUCUAAUGAUGAAGUUUCUCCAAGAGUAUGUUAUGGCUACAAUACUGCAGCAUCUGUUUAUUCUCCUGCAGUGAAGGCACACAUUGUUGCAGAAGAAAUGGCAUCAGCUGGGAAUGUAGAAAUAAUGCCAAAGCAAUUUGAUAAGAAUGCAUAUGUUUAAUAAAAACACAAUAGUAAAUUAAAGAUAUGUAGGAGGGAAUUGCUAUACCCAUGUGCUAUACCCAUACCCUAUAUCUGGCUUUGCUCAGAUAGGCACACAAACACAAAAUGAAACAACUUAUAGAUCAGUGGCGAGUCUAUCCAACAAGUAGGAUUAUUGAAGGCCUUAACAGUGCGCACUGAAAAAACACUUGAGAACCCAAAGUGUUUCAAAGAUUCACAGUACCUCCAGCAUUUUAUAUUCUUAUGGCGAUGGUUAUUUGUGGAUUUGAAGUGGCUUCAUUGAUCAAUGUCUCUGUAAUCUUUCAUCUUUGUCUUUCCCCAGAGUUAUCUUUAACCCUAUGCUUCCUGUUAUCUUGAAAACUCUCUCCCAUACAUCUAACAAAUAGAUACCAUCAAUGUCAAUAUCCCUGUAGGUAGAAUUGAUGGGGUCUACUUAUCAAAAAUGCCAUUUGUUAACUUAUUGGAGACUUGCCUUCCAAACACAGUGACAAAGGGCAGCUGUAAUCUCAGGGAUACAACAGAUAAGAAUUUAGACAGAACUGCGGACAACUAUCCCCUCAAUAGAUAAGGAAGCCUGCUACUCAGCAGAGUGUGUUACUUUUAUUAACCUUAGAUAUUUACAACCCCCCAAUGUUUAAUUUAACUAAGCUAAUUAAAGUUUCCUGUGCUGUGAAAACUAAAUACAUUGGCACAUCCAUUCAGCACAAAAAUUGUCUCUUUGGCCCAACCCGUCCACGUCCGUCAAUAUGCCCCAUCAAAGCUAAUCCCAUUUGGCUGUUUUUUUACUCAUAGCACUCCAAACCUUGCCUAUCCAUGUACCAGCUCAGUGUCUUUUAAAAGCUGUUAUAAUACCUGCCUCAACCACCUCCUCUGUCAACUCAUUCCAUAUACCCACCAACCUCAGUGAAAAAGUUGCCCCUUAGGUUCCUAUUAAACCUUGGUCCUCACACUUUAAAUCUACAGUAUGACCUUUGGUUCUUCAUUUUCCUACCCUGUGUAAGAGAUUCUCUGCAUUCACUCUGUCCAUUUCACUCAUGAUGUUACACACCUCUAUACACCUUUACAAGACCCCUCAGUCUCCUGCAUUCCAAGAAUAAAGUCCCAGCCUGCCCAACCUCACCCUAUAGCUUAGGCAUCGACUCCAGGCAACAUCCUGGUUAAUCGUCCCUGCACUCUUUCUAGCUUAAUGACAUCUAUCAUACAGUAGGGUGACCAAAACUGAACACAGUACUCCAAAUGUGGUGGCUCAAAGUCUUCUAGAUAUGCAACAUUACAUCCCAACUUCUUUAGUUUUUUUAUAGAUGCAGUGUGGAAAAGUUCACCUGUACAUCGAUCACCCAUGCACUAGUUCCAUGUGAUCCCACUUUUGCAAUCUACACAUUAGGGGGAAUUUACAGCAGCCAAUUAACUGACAAACUUGCACGUCUUUGAAAUGUGGGAGGAAUCUAGAGCACCUGGAGAAAACUCAUGUGGUCACAGCAGGAAUGUACAAACUCCAUACAGACAGCCCUCAUCGUCAGGAUUGAACCUGGGUCACUGGUGCUGUGAGGCAGUGGAUUUACCGCUAUGCCACUAUGAGACCCAAUACUCUGACUGAUGAAUGGCAAUAUAACAAAAGCCAUCCAUCUAUCUUUGACACAGUUUCAGAGAACUAUGUAAGAUCUCCAAGAUCCUUCUUUUCUACAACACUCCCAAGGGCCUUCAGUGUGAAAGUCCUGCCCAAGUUCUCUUCCAUAAAUGCAGUACCCCACACUCAUCUGCACUAAACUCCAUUACCACCUACUUUAAUGCAUCUGCAAACUUAUUAAUUAUGCCUUGUACAUCCUCAUCCAAAUCUUUGUUAUGCAUCUCAAAUAGAAACAGGCACAGCACCUAUCCCUGAGGCACGCCACUACUUAAAGGCCUCCAGUCUGAAAAGCACCCAUCCACCACCACCACCACUCUCUCCCUUCCAUGCAGCUAAUUCUACAUCCAGUCAGCUAGCUCUCCCUGGAACCCACACGAUCAAACCUUGCAGAGCAGCCUACCAUGUGGACCCUUAUCAAAAGCCUUGCUGAAGACCAUAUAGACAACACUCUAUAUAGCCUGGGCCUUGCCUUCAUCAAUCUUUUUAGUUACUUCUUAAAAAAAGCCAUGACCACCCUUUUAGGUUUGAGUUGUCUGCAAUCUCCUGGCAAUUUUUUCAAAAUUCACAUUAACUAUUUAGCAUUAUGCAGUUCAUCCCUUUUAAUUUCACAGCUCCACCCAUAUAGCCUCACUGACAAAUCAUCAAUAAUGUCAUGUCAGACUAGCCAUAAAGCAUCUUCGUAGCUUUCAUAACUCCACCUCUAUCUCAUCUUUUUUUCACACAAUAAACACAUUGUAUUAAAUUGCUGUUUUUGUCUAUAAAAAGAAGACACUAUUGCAAACUAAUUUCUUUGUUGUUAUAGCGGGUGUCCAGCCAAAAACUAAGCGGACACAAGUUGUGUGCUCGAGACGCGUUUUAUUCUGUAUGACACAACUACCUACUCCUCAAAUGGGCACGGGCAUUGCCCGACCUUAAAUACGCCUAUGGGUCAACCCCGUGACCUGCGCCUCCCACAUCAAAACACCUAACUCCUCCCUCCAGAGCCGAGGGUUCACUCUGCCCGUGGUCUACCACCAGGUGCGGCCACAUGACCCCCCCCCCAGAACCAGAGGCACGGAAACGGACGGGACGCCGAACGAGGCGGCCAGAUCGCGUAGAUACGUUCCCUCGCACAGGGGACUUGCCCUGUCCGGAAUAAUUCAAGCGGACCCAGGACGGCGGGCGCCCGCGACGGGGAGGUUGCGCCACCUGUACUGGCUCGCUCAGGUCCAGAUGUGCUGGCUUUAAACGAGCCACGGAUACAGUUUCCUGCCGGCCCCCCAGUCCAAGACGAAUGUCGUGCGCCCGUGUUGCAGCACCCGAAAGGGACCGUCAUAAGGGUGCUGCAAGGGCGACCAGGUGCCGCCACAUUGUUACAUUUAUCACACUUCAUGGUUAACGUGCAAAGUUGGAUACUGCAUCAAUGUCUGAAUUGCUCUUGAGAAAUAAAUUGUGCGUUUGAGAUGCUUAUUUGAUCAAAAUUCAUCCUGUUUUCUUGCCACCUAAAAAAUAAGUGGAAGUCAUCCAAUGUUUAACAAUUGAUUAAAUGUA